AUGGGAGUAAGAGAAAUCAGCGUAGGGGGGAAAAACCUAGAAAUCCACGAACUAGAAAACGUGUGCGAUACCGUCACCGGUCGAGUCCUCACCGGCUCAUGGAUAUGGGACUCGGCUCUAAUUCUCUCCCAAUGGAUGAUGAACACAGCUCAAUCGCGCUCCCAACCGGAAUUCGACCUUACCGGAAAAACCGUUAUCGAACUCGGCGCCGGAGCAGCUGGCCUCCCUGGAUUGACGGCGGCGAUGCUGGGAGCCUCCCGCGUCGUGCUCACCGACAUCGAGCCUCUCAUCCUUGGUUUGUCUAGAAACGUGGAAGCAAACAACCUGGACCACGUAGUACACGUGAGGAAGCUCGUUUGGGGCACGGACGAGUCGCUCGGCGAGUUUGACGUUGUUCUCAUGUCCGAUGUUUUCUUCGAUCCGGACCAGAUGGGUGCGUUGGCUAGAACGCUGAAAAGCGCGUGUGGGGAUCUUACUAGAAUUUGGGCAGCCACCGAGAUUCGACCAUGGACAGGGAACUGCCUCGCCGCCUUGGCAGAUCAGGGUUUUGGGUUAGUGGAGCUUUCCGACCCAGUAUGUGUAGACCUAACUGGGCCUGGCCCAAAACAGCAAAGUAGCUCAUUUGCCGUUUUCAGUCUCGUGAAGCAGAGUGAUGCCGGCCACGUACCACCCGCGUUUUCUGAUUUUUGGGGCUAA